AUGAAAAAAUGGGAAAAAUCAAAAGAAUUGACGAGUUGUUUGUUUGUUCUCGUGGUCAUCCAUCAGGGCGAUUACAUAUGGAUCGAACCCAUAUCCAGCAAGGAAUUCGACGUGGCCAUCGGGGCUCGUGUCAUAUCGGCCGAGGGCAGGCGAAUCCAAGUAAAAGACGACGACAACAAGGAGCAAUGGCUGUCGCCGGAGCGUCGGAUAAAGGCGAUGCACGCGACCUCGGUACAGGGCGUCGAGGACAUGAUAAGCCUUGGCGACCUCCAUGAGGCCGGUAUCCUGAGGAACCUGCUCAUACGGUACAACGAGAACCUCAUCUACACGUACACGGGCUCGAUCCUCGUGGCCGUCAAUCCCUACCAGAUCCUGCCGAUCUACACGGCCGAGCAGAUAAAACUGUACAAGGAUCGAAAAAUCGGCGAGCUGCCGCCCCACAUAUUCGCGAUCGGCGACAACGCCUACACCCACAUGAAACGCUACAAGCAGGAUCAGUGCAUCGUCAUAAGCGGCGAAAGCGGUGCUGGGAAGACGGAGAGCACCAAGCUGAUACUGCAGUACUUGGCGGCCAUCAGCGGGAAGCACUCGUGGAUCGAGCAGCAAAUCCUUGAGGCCAAUCCCAUCCUCGAAGCGUUCGGUAACGCGAAAACGGUGCGCAACGACAAUUCGUCGAGGUUCGGCAAGUACAUCGACAUCCUAUUCAGCGACAAGGGAGUUAUCGAGGGGGCCAAGAUCGAGCAGUACCUGUUGGAAAAGUCACGGAUCGUUUCCCAGAGUCUCGACGAGCGGAACUACCAUAUUUUCUACUGCAUGCUCGCCGGCCUGUCCAAGGACGAGAGGCAAAAACUCGAGCUGGAGGAAGCAUCGACUUACAAAUACUUAACGGGCGGAGGUAGCAUAACUUGCGAAGGCCGCGACGACGCAGCCGAGUUCGCCGACAUAAGAUCGGCUAUGAAAGUCCUGCUGUUCUCCGACAGCGAGAUAUGGGAGAUAUUAAAGUUACUCGGGGCAGUGCUGCACAUGGGAAACGUUAAGUACAAGGCCACGGUGAUCGACAAUCUCGACGCAACGGAGAUACCCGAGCAGACAAAUGUGAAGAAGGUGUCGCAGCUGAUCGGCGUGCCGGUGCAGUCGCUCGUCGACGCCCUGACGCGCCGUACGAUAUUCGCGAGCGGCGAGACCGUCGUGUCGUUGCUGUCGCGGGACCAAUCGGUCGACAUAAGGGACGCCUUCGUCAAAGGGAUCUACGGCCGGCUGUUCGUCCACAUAGUCAAGAAGAUCAACGAGGCCAUAAACAAGCCGCGAAACACGUCGCGCAGCUCCAUAGGGGUCCUCGACAUCUUUGGCUUCGAGAACUUUGAUCACAACAGCUUCGAGCAGUUCUGCAUAAACUACGCCAACGAGAACCUCCAGCAGUUCUUCGUCCAGCACAUAUUCAAGCUCGAGCAAGAGGAGUACAACGUCGAGGGCAUCAACUGGCAGCACAUCGAGUUUGUCGACAACCAGGACGCCCUAGAUCUGAUAGCGGUCAAGCAGCUCAAUAUAAUGGCCCUUAUAGACGAGGAGUCCAAGUUUCCCAAGGGCACCGAUCAGACGAUGCUCGCCAAGAUUCACAAGACCCACGGGUCGCAUCGCAAUUACCUCAAGCCCAAGUCGGACAUCAACACCUCGUUCGGCUUGAAUCACUUUGCCGGGGUCGUGUUCUACGACACGAGGACCUUCCUCGAAAAGAACCGAGACACCUUCAGCGCCGAUCUCCUCCAGCUCAUACACAUAUCGACCAACAAGUUUUUGCAGUCCUGUUUCGCCGAGGACAUCGGCAUGGGAUCGGAAACGCGGAAACGGGCGCCGACGCUGUCGACUCAGUUCAAAAAGUCACUGGACUCGCUGAUGAAGACCCUCUGCAACUGCCAGCCGUUUUUCAUCAGGUGCAUCAAGCCGAACGAGUACAAAAAGCCGAUGAUGUUCGACAGAGCGCUGUGCUGCCGGCAGCUGAGGUACUCGGGAAUGAUGGAGACCAUCAGGAUACGGAGAGCGGGAUACCCGAUCCGUCACUCCUUUACCGCCUUCGUGGAACGAUACCGAUUCCUCAUAUCCGGCAUACCACCGGUGAAACUAUUGGACCAGUGUCGCAUGGCGACGAUGAAGAUCUGCCGGGCGGUCCUUGGCCAGUCGGACUACCAGCUCGGCCACACGAAGGUCUUCCUCAAAGACGCCCACGAUCUGUUCCUGGAGCAGGAGCGCGAUCGCGUGCUGACCCGUAAGAUCCUCAUCCUGCAGAAAACGAUCCGCGGUUGGGUGUACCGGCGUCGGUUCCUCCGCAUGCGAGCAGCCGCCGUAAAGAUCCAAAAGUAUUGGCGCGGGUACGCGCAGCGCCGGCGGUACAAGCGCAUGAGGGUCGGUUACAUGCGGCUGCAGGCGCUGAUAAGGUCGCGAGUGCUGUCGCACAGGUUCCGGCAUCUCAGGGGCCACAUAGUGGCGCUGCAGGCGAGAGCACGGGGCCACUUGGUCAGGCGGGCGUAUAGGAAAAAGAUGUGGGCGAUCGUCAAGAUACAGGCCCACGUGAGGCGAAUGAUUGCGCAACGCAGGUACAAGAAGCUCAAGUACGAGUACAGGUUGCACAUAGAGGCGCUCAAGUUUCGGAAGAAGGAGGAGCGGGAGCUCAAGGACCAGGGCAACAAGAGGGCCAAGGAGAUUGCCGAUCAGCACUUUAGGGAAAGGAUGCAAGAGUUGGAGAGGAAAGAAAUCGAAAUGGAGCUGGAGGAUAGGCGUAGGAUGGAAAUAAAGAAAAACCUGAUAAACGACGCGGCGAAGAAGCAAGACGAGCCCGUGGACGACAGCAAACUCGUCGAAGCUAUGUUCGAUUUCUUGCCGGACUCGAGCAGCGAGGCGCCCACGCCUGCCCGAGAGACAUCAGUAUUCAACGAUCUGCCCGCGCCAAAGGCCGACCAACAGGAGAUCAUCAGCCCGAUGCAGACGGCGUCCGAGGACGAGGAGGACCUGUCCGAGUUCAAGUUCCAAAAGUUCGCAGCCACGUACUUCCAGGGCAACAUAACGCACCAGUACUCGAGGAAGCCGCUGAAGCACCCGCUGCUGCCUCUGCACACGCAGGGCGACCAAUUGGCCGCGCAGGCCCUGUGGGUCACGAUUUUGCGGUUCACGGGGGACCUUCCCGAGCCGAGAUUCCACACGAUGGAGCGCGACAACACGUCGGUCAUGUCCAAGGUGACGGCCACCCUCGGUCGAAACUUCAUCAGAAGCAAGGAGUUCCAGGAGGCACAGCUCAUGGGCUUGGAUCACGAGUCCUUCCUCAAGCAAAAGCCAAGGUCCAUCCGGCACAAGCUGGUCUCCUUGACCCUCAAGCGGAAAAACAAGCUCGGCGACGACGUGCGCCGGCGGCUGCAGGAGGACGAGUACACGGCCGACAGUUACCAGUCGUGGCUCGAGUCCCGGCCUACCUCGAACCUCGAGAAGCUGCACUUCAUCAUCGGCCACGGUAUCCUACGGGCCGAGCUCCGCGACGAGAUCUACUGCCAGAUUUGCAAACAACUGACCAACAAUCCCUCGAAAUCGUCUCACGCCCGCGGCUGGAUACUCCUGUCGCUGUGCGUGGGCUGCUUCGCCCCUUCCGAGAAGUUCGUCAACUACCUGCGGGCCUUUAUACGCGAGGGCCCUCCCGGCUACGCGCCCUACUGCGAGGACCGGCUCAAGCGGACUUUCAACAACGGGACUCGCAACCAGCCGCCGAGUUGGCUCGAGCUCCAGGCCACCAAGUCCAAGAAGCCGAUAAUGCUGCCCAUCACCUUCAUGGACGGCAACACCAAGACCCUACUCGCUGACUCGGCCACGACUGCCCGGGAGCUCUGCAACCAACUCUCGGACAAAAUCAACCUGCGCGAUCAGUUUGGCUUCUCGCUGUACAUCGCGCUCUUCGACAAGGUCUCGUCCCUGGGUAGCGGUGGGGACCACGUGAUGGACGCGAUAUCCCAGUGCGAGCAGUACGCCAAGGAACAGGGUGCCCAGGAGAGGAACGCCCCGUGGCGGCUGUUCUUUCGCAAGGAGAUAUUCGCCCCGUGGCACGAGCCGACCGAGGACCAGGUGGCGACCAACUUGAUAUACCAGCAGGUGGUGCGGGGCGUCAAGUUCGGCGAGUACCGGUGCGACAAGGAGGAGGACCUGGCGAUGAUCGCCGCCCAGCAGUACUACAUCGAGUACGGCGCCGACAUGAGCAUCGAGAGGCUCUUCACUCUGCUGCCGAACUACAUACCCGACUACUGUCUCGCCGACGUAGACAAGGCCAUCGAGCGCUGGGGACACCUAGUUUUGCAAGCUUACAAAAAGAGCUACUACCUGAAAGAAAAAGUGCCUGCCCUGCGAGUCAAGGAGGACAUCGUCGGCUACGCAAAGUUCAAGUGGCCGCUGCUGUUUUCCCGCUUCUACGAGGCGUACCGGAAUUCAGGGCCAAAUCUUCCGAAGAACGACGUUAUAAUAGCCGUCAACUGGACGGGCGUUUACGUCGUCGACGACCAGGAGCAGGUCCUGCUGGAGCUCUCCUUUCCCGAAAUCACCACCGUAUCUAGUCAAAAAACAAACAAAAUGUUCACGCAAACGUUCAGCCUGUCGACGGUCCGAGGCGAGGAGUUUACGUUCCAGAGCCCGAGCGCCGAGGACAUUCGCGACCUGGUCGUGUACUUCCUCGAGGGCCUGAAGAAGCGCAGCAGGCACUGCAUCGCCCUGCAGGACUACAAGGGCUCGGUCGACAAUCCCUCCUUCCUCGUCUUUCAAAAGGGCGACCUCAUAACUUUGGACGACGACGCCGGCGACGAGAGCUACAAUCCCGGCUGGUGCGUCGGUCUCUGCGAGAGGACCGGCGAGAAGGGCGACUUUCAGGCCGAGAUGGUCUACGUCCUGCCGACGCUGACGAAGCCACCUAACGACAUUUUGUCGAUGUUUGGCGUGAACGGCAGCGACAACGGCCGAAGGCUCUACCCCCAACAGCUGAACGGCAUCGAAACCCGGGACAAGCCGCACACCCUCAUGGAUUACGCCAUCGACCAUUUCCGGCCGCCGCCGAAGAAGACGAUGUCGAAGGCGUUGACGCUGAGCGCGUCGCGCCGAGGCCACCCGGACGAGCUGUGGCGGCACUCGCGGGAGCCCCUGAAGCUGCCCCUGUUGCGAAAACUCGCGUCGAAGGACGAGCUGGCGGACGAGGCGUGCUUCGUCUUCAACGCGAUUCUCAAGUACAUGGGCGACCUGCCGACCAAGAGGCCAAGGAUCGGCAACGAGUACACGGACAUCAUAUUCGACGGGCCCCUGAAGAACGAGAUCCUCAGGGACGAGAUCUACUGCCAGAUCAUGAAGCAGCUCACGGACAACAGGAACCGGCUGAGCGAGGAGCGCGGCUGGGAGCUCAUGUGGCUGGCGACGGGACUGUUUCCGUGCAGCCAGAGCCUCUUGAAGGAAUUGACGUUGUUCUUGCGCACGCGUCGGCACCGCAUAUCACAGGACUCCCUGCAGAGGCUGCAAAAGACCUUGAAGAACGGCUCGCGCAAGUACCCGCCUCACCAGGUGGAAGUCGAGGCGAUUCAGCACAAGACCACGCAGAUCUUCCACAAGGUUUACUUCCCGGACGACACCGACGAGGCGUUCGAGGUCGACUCGUCGACGAGGGCCAAGGACUUUUGCCAGAACAUCGCCCAACGCUUGAGCCUACGCUCCUCCGAGGGAUUCAGCUUGUUCGUCAAGAUUGCGGAUAAAGUCAUUUCCGUGCCCGAGGGCGACUUUUUCUUCGACUUUGUGCGCCACUUGACCGACUGGAUGAGAAAGGCUCAUCCCACCAGAGACGGCUUGUCCCCGCAGUUCACGUACCAAGUGUUCUUUAUGAAGAAAUUGUGGACAAACACGGUGCCCGGCAAAGAUCGGAAUGCCGAUUUGAUAUUCCACUUCCACCAGGAGCUACCGAAACUACUGAGAGGGUACCACAAGUGCACGAAGGAAGAGGCGGCCAAGUUGGCGGCGCUCGUCUACAGGGUUAGAUUCGGGGAGAGUAAACAAGAACUUCAAGCGAUACCCCAAAUGUUGAGAGAACUCAUACCUGGCGAUCUCGUGAAAACGCAGAGUUCGAACGAGUGGAAGCGCGCCAUCAUCGCCGCGUACAAUCAGGACGCCGGCAUGAGUCCGGAGGAUGCUAAAGUCACGUUCUUGAAAAUCGUGUACCGAUGGCCCACGUUCGGGUCUGCAUUUUUCGAGGUCAAGCAGAGCACCGAGCCAGACUAUCCUGAGUUACUGCUCAUCGCUAUCAACAAGCACGGGGUCAGCUUGAUUCAUCCGCAAACGAAGGAUAUACUGGUGACGCAUCCGUUUACGAGAAUUUCAAAUUGGUCUUCCGGCAACACGUACUUCCACAUGACGAUCGGUAACCUGGUGCGAGGCUCCAAAUUGCUGUGCGAAACGUCGCUCGGGUACAAAAUGGACGACCUUUUGACGUCUUACAUCUCGCUCAUGCUCACGAAUAUGAACAAGCAGCGCACGAUACGAAUGAAAUGAGAGAGUUGCGAGUUUCUUAUCGUAAAAAUAUCAAAUGUUUUUGCGAAUUUUACUUUUUUUCGUUAUCCCGCGAAGAAGUUAAGCGUUCCAAGCUGAUUGAAAAUCAUUGUUUCAACGACAAAUUUUUUCAUUAUUUAAAACAUAAAACAAUUGAG